UUAGCUUAUAGCAGUUUAGCCAGAGCCCUCUGGUUUAGCUUAGUUUUUAGCUUUUUAGUUUUAGUUGUUAGUUGUUGUUUCUUUUACUAUCUAUGGUUGUUAGCUAUCCGUGCGAGUUAUUUGAUUGGUCGUGUGAUUUCUUUUUACAUUCAUUGGAAUCGAGCCUAUAAAAUUCGGAACAAGAUCUGGAAACCGGGCAGUUUAAGAGUCAAACUAGGAUGCCAUUUUGUCAUGUACCAGGCAUGAACCCAUCAGGGACCCACGGUUACUGUCUUCUAUUACUCUUUGCUUUAGUUGGAAUUCUGUGUGAAGAAGCCCCUGAUGCAGUGAAAGUUAGGGAUACUGCGAUUAUCCCUUGUAACAAGACAUGCAAUGGCAAACUUUUAUGGGUAUUAAAAACUAAAAAUGAAAAUUUGGAUGUCUUGAAAUGUGAGCAAGGGACUUGCACAGAAGGAGAUGGCUUUAAGAACAGAGUAAGCAUCUUUGAAAACUCCGGAAACCCGUCUCUAAAACUGUAUCCUGUUCUGUACAAUGAUGAAGGCUGGUACAUGGUCUAUUGUGAUUCGAAGUUUCUUUGUAAAUUUCAUCUGGAAGUGUUUGUCCCCACUACUGUGAAUGCCACAAUCAGAAACAACGUCACACUACCCUGCUACGCACGUACAGAGAAACGGAUCGCUGAUGAUGCUGUGAACGUCUUAUGGAAAAAAGAUGACCAAACUGUGUUACAAGUUCAAAAAGGAAUUCCAAAGCAUGGUUCAAGUUUUACAGGCAGGGCAUCAGUUUCACUACAUCAUUAUAAGGACGGAGAUCUAUCGCUUACCAUAUCCUCGGUCACCAUGGCAGAUAAGGGAUUAUAUCGAUGCUAUCACAAUACAGAAGAGGAACAUGGGCAUCCUGGUGCUGUCACUCUUAAUGUUAUAGCUCAUCAAAAGGUCUGUGCAAAGAAGUUUGGCGACAAUCUCACCCUUGACCUGUUCGGCUCAGACCCUGCGACGGUAACUUUCACUGGUUCCACUGAGACCUGGGUUUGCAAUGUGAGUGGAAACCAUGCUGAGUGUUCACCUGAAUACACUAACAGAGUAUCUGUUGUGAAUAACUCCCUUGUGCUGGGCAUGUUGACAACUUCUGACAGAGGGACGUUUACUGUGAAAGACAAAAUGGGUGAAGUCAUUAGUAUCAACACUGUCACUGUGGAGGGGGUGACCCAGAGACAUCACUACGUAGCUCUGUCUGUACUGAUUUGGUUUGUUCUCAGUUGCAUUUGUCUGUUAAUUUGGUGUCAUAGAAAGUCACAAGCAAAUGCAAAUGAGUCUACUGGACUUACAGAGCUGCUCAGAGAGCCUGCAUUCAUUGGAUUUUCACAACAAGAAACAAGCCCAAAUAUUCCAGAGGAGUCUGAGGUUUCUGAACACACACCUGUAGAGGAGACCAUGCCUAUGAUGGUGACCCCUAUGAUGGACAAGCAGGACAACACUGAAGAGGAGGAAUCUAUAUAACCUCAGGGUUAAGACUAGGAGAAACUUGGAUACUUUAAGGAAAAAGUAUAGUUCUUCUGCUAAACUGUGCAAUGAGAAAGAUGGCAUUAUUUUUAGGGUACUCUUGGGGUAAUUGCAUAACUGUGCCAUUGAACAAUAUGAGAAACACAAAUAGAAAGGAAUUAUAGUUUUUAAGCUCAGGAAUGCUUAAUUCAGGGAAAACAUGAACUGCCUUCAAGACAUUUGCUGGACCACUGAAAUGCCUGGGAUCU